CCAGCCGGCGGCGCUCCCGCCUACAGAGCGCAGCCUCCGCCGGGACCAGCGGCGACCAGCUCCGGUUCAGCCCGCGACCCACUCCGGACCAACCCAGGACCGGCCCGAGACCCACGCAGGACCUGCUCCUCCCAGGCAACAGCGUUUCGCCGCCUCUCGCCACCCAGCGCCGAGCGCUCCUCGGGACACAGUGCCACCACCCAGAGGACAAGAUGGAUUGGGGCACGCUACAGAGUAUCCUCGGGGGUGUCAACAAACACUCCACCAGCAUCGGGAAAAUCUGGCUGACCGUCCUGUUCAUUUUCCGCAUCAUGAUCCUCGUGGUGGCUGCCAAAGAAGUGUGGGGGGAUGAGCAAGCCGAUUUUAUCUGCAACACGCUCCAGCCUGGCUGCAAGAACGUGUGCUACGACCACUACUUCCCCAUCUCCCACAUCCGACUCUGGGCCCUGCAGCUGAUCUUCGUGUCCACGCCAGCCCUCCUGGUAGCCAUGCAUGUGGCCUACAGGAGGCACGAAAAGAAACGCAAGUUCAUGAAGGGAGAGAUAAAGAAUGAGUUUAAGGACAUCGAAGAGAUCAAAACCCAGAAGGUCCGUAUCGAAGGGUCCCUGUGGUGGACCUACACCACCAGCAUCUUCUUCCGGGUCAUCUUUGAGGCUGUCUUCAUGUACGUCUUUUACAUCAUGUACAAUGGCUUCUUCAUGCAGCGUCUGGUGAAGUGCAACGCCUGGCCUUGUCCCAACACAGUGGACUGCUUCAUUUCCAGGCCCACGGAAAAGACCGUCUUCACGGUCUUCAUGAUCGCAGUGUCUGGGAUUUGCAUCCUGCUAAACAUCACAGAAUUGUGCUAUUUGUUCAUUAGAUAUUGUUCCGGAAAGUCAAAAAGACAAGUUUAACAUAUUCCCUGGCUGCUAGAGCAAAGAUUGAGCAAAAGGAUGAGGCAACCUGUGCUUAGCUGUCAGAGCUCAGCCACCAGCAUUUCCCAAGACAAACUUAAAUGCCACCAUCUGAAGUCCCCAUAGGCCUCACAUGAAACUCCAGAGGCCUCCAUGGGGCUCCCUUCCCCCAAAGCGCCAAACAAAGGCCCAAUUCUAUGCCUGUAUUAGUCGGUUCUAAAGUUAGUUCCACUGAGACCCCGUGCUGGUAGCGACUAUUCUGGUAGGACACAUUCACAGUUUAAACAAAGAAUCUCACACUGUCUGUCUUCCUCAGAGCCCAGUCCCAAGGAAGGUGCCCAGAAAGUUCACUGUGCCUCGCUUAAGGCUCCCUUCCCCAAGCUGCCCCCAGUUAAUGGUAAAGAAUCUCCACUCUGUCAUUUGCUUUGAUAGUUUAAGUCUGCAAAAGUGGACAAAGUUAUUUAAUGCUUCAAGCACUGUGUACUUUUUUUUUUAAACACAACCUUAAAAUAUGAUAGGUUCUUUUGUUCUCAAAGUGAUCUGGAAACCAUUAUACAUUCCUCCUAUUUCAAAGGUUCAGUUUGUGAUAUGAACGUGUAACCAGAUCUCACAAGGUCUUUAAAACGUUGGUCUUUUGGUUAUGGGAAAUCCGCGGUGUGGCUGAGAGGCCAUCUACGGUAUUCCUCUUCAGUGUGCUGAGUCCAGGGCAGCAGCCUCACAACCUGUCCCACAUGACACAAACGGAAAGCUUUCGUGCUGGCUGCUGACCAGAAGAGGCCUCGCUUAAAAAGCCCAAGUGUCAUUUUGCAUAAGAGACAGAUAGGAUAUGCCAACCACUGCCACCCGCUCUGAGCCUAACCCAGCCCCUCCCUCCCUCCUGGCAUUUGCCCGCUCUAGCUGUGGGAUGUGGCCGCCAGCAUCAGGAGACACUGACUUCAUGAGUUCGCUUAGGAAUUUCACUGCCGUGGUAUAAUUUAAUGGUGCAGAAACAAAAUGGGGUGGAGGCAAGGGGAUAACUAUUUUUAAAGAACCAAUGGAACUUCUAGACUCUAAAUUCUGCUGAUUGAACUGAAUUUUUCUACUUUGGAAGUCUGUUUGCUACCCUCUUCGGCAUUGCCUUUCUUAACUGGAAACAGAAGUAUGGCUAUCUGGAAAGACUAGGAACUAGAGUUUAGGUCACUAUGUUACUCUUCUAGGGCAAGUUGAACCUUAGUAUUGCCAUUAUGCUUAAUGUGUUUCCCACAAGAUGGCACUCAACAGCUCCAACAGGGGGCAUUUUUACUGCCAAGAAUGGCAUUGGGAAGACAUUUUGUAACAAUAAAUAAGAGUUUGUGGUUUCAUGCUUGUCACUAAAGUAAUUUUGUAAACUCUUAAAUGUCAUUUAUUAAAAUAUGAUUAUUUUGUAUACUUUAAAAUUAAAUAAGGUUUUUAACAGAAUGCCAAAUUUUAACUUAAUCAAUAGUAAGUCUUUCUUGAGGGGGG